GUGGGAUUGAGCGCCUGUAGUUGGUGUCUAGGCGGGUGAUUCUGGGACCGACGCGGGACAGCAGGUCCACAAACUGGGCGAGGGACGAUUGGUGGUAUCGCUGAAAGCGGCCAUUAUCCAGACGCAGCUCCGGGAGCAAGUGGUGAAACUCACCAAACUGUUCAUGCUUCUAGAUGUCCUUUACGCCGCUGCUCUGCUCUCCACACCAAAUAGAUCGACAGCUGCCAUCUUGCAAACAUACCGUCUGGCACUACUUCCUCCCACAAGUUCCGGUUCACGCGCGUCAAAAUUGCAUAUUUUGAAGCGCGACCAGUUUGCGCUGGACGCACGUUGAGGUCCGAAUGUGCACGCAACCAGCUAGGGGCGUCUGGCGCUUUUUGGUCGCCUCGAUCGCGUUCGGUGUGAACGCAGGGUUACUCUGGGUUCCGUCUUUAUUCUGGUACAAAAAUCACAGCACACACAAUGGUGUGUUAUGCAACAGCAACAUUCAGAUUAAAAACAGGAUUGGAGUGAUGAGGUACGUGGUGCUGCACGGCUGUCUAUGGGAUGACCUGUACAUCGGCUUUCAAAACCGCAUCAGCCGAGACCCAGACAUCUACCACCACAAGUUCUGGAAACACUUCCAAGCAGAGCUCCCGCUUUGCAAGCCUGACUGGGAACAGUUCCAAAAGCAGGUCGCCCCCAUCAGUGAGACCGGGAUGGGAAAUAACUGUGCCUUGUCAUGAAUUUGGAUUCUGAAUUUUUAAAGAUCAAGUUACUCCUUUCCUUAUUUAUAUUGUGAUAAUGUAAUGCAAACAACUUCUGUAUAAACUGUGUAAUUCCAAUUGGUUCUAGGUCACUGCUUUAUAUUAAUUAAAUAGCAAAGUAAUAAAUCAGGGGGCUUGUAAAUUGAGUUGAGAGAUAUGAGCCUUGUGAAGUACCGAACC